UACCAUUUCACAUUCCCAAAUGUAUUCUUGAAUUUUUCUAUAUCCUCUUGGCAAGUUUACAUUUUGCACUCUUUUAUAUAAUAUAUAUAGUCUACGAUUACAUAUGGAAGAGUUCCGGCCGAGUUUCCGGUGUUCCGAUGACCGGAGAUUGGAGAUAGUAAGCGGAAAGGGGUUCAACAUCAACCAGGUAAAUCGGGCUCGGUCACCGGAUCUGGAUGGGGUAACGAGCAAGGGGACGUGGCCGAGCCAGGUGGCAGCAGCGCCGUCGUCGAAUAAGCCAUGGGGAUUCAAUGAUCCAGAGAUGAAGAGACGAAAGAGAAUAGCUAAGUACAAAGUUUACACUAUUGAAGGAAAGGUCAAAACUUCAAUUAGAAAUGGACUAAGGUGGUUCAAAAAUAAAUGCUCUGAAAUCAUCCAUGGAUAUUGAUUAAUUAUCCUUUCCGACUCUACUAACACGAGAUGUUUUGUGCAUCGAAAUAUCCUGUCUAGUCUCUUCUUUCUCAAAAUGAUCUGAUUGAGGAAGGUGGAAAACAUAGAGGUGGCAGGUCUAAUUUCAUAUAGUACUUAGGAUGUUUUUUUUUUCUUUUUCAAAUUGAAAUUCUUAUUUGUUUGCACGCAUGUCAUUUAAUCAUGUUUAACAAUUGAGAUUAUUUUUUCCCUUA